AUGGAAUUACCAGAAAGCAGUUCAUGGAAGGAAAAUGAUGAUGGAAAUGUUACGAAUGAAAUCAGUGAUUCGAUGGUAUCAGCUGCGACAUUUGCCAACCUUAUCUCUAAUGAUUGUAUACCACCACGGAAACGUCCAAAACGUUUAUCAGUUAGUUAUGUGGAACGAGACAUCCAGGAUUCAUUCAUCCCGUUCGGGUCCAGCGAAGCAUCCAUCAUCAAUGUCCGUGUCGUUUCGCUGUCUGAUGAUAAUAACGAUGAAUUUCGUGAAUUGCAUUGUAUUUGCGAAGACACGUCUAAAAUUUACCGUGUGAGACUGGAAGGAAUUUGGUCAUCUACUCCAGUUAAGAUUGGAUCUUCCUUGCGCGUUAUUGGUGCUGAAAUGAAAGGAGAAGAGGAGUUACUGUUAAACUGGGAAAAUGGUGUACUGAUCGUGGAACAUAAUGUACUAGUGCCAUGUACACUUAUCGUCCAAGGUAUAUCUUGUCGUCGAAAAGCAGCACUUUCGCAUUAUUUCAAAGGACGAAGCAGUACAACGAAGGAAAUGUUCAUUGGAAAUGUGGUUCACGAACUCUUUCAAACUGCGGUUACACGUUCGGAAUUCGAUGUUUCUGAGAGCAGUUUACUUGAUCUGUGGCGAAAAGAGUUGCGUGAGCAAUAUUCUGAACAAUUUUUCGCUCUAAACCUCUCGUUUCAAGAGAUUGAGGACGAACUAUGCCUUUAUUUUAAAACGAUUAUUCGUUGGGUGUCAACUCAUAUGCCACCACCAAGAGGUCGGAAUGAACCCUUACAGAUAGGUUCUAAAAUCAUAAAAGUAGUGGAUGUUGAGGAAUCCAUUUGGAAUCCAUGUUAUGGUUUCAAAGGCAAAAUAGAUUGCACUUUGAAGGUAAAAAAGAAGAAUGGAGAGCAAAAACUGGUCCCUGUAGAAUUGAAAACUGGCAAGUCAAAUCCAAAUACAGAGCAUGUCACACAAGUCAUGCUUUACUGUCUUGCUUUGGCCUCAAAACAGGGUACCAUUGAAAAUGGUUUAUUGCUAUAUUUACUGGAUGAAAUCUCCAAGACUGUAUCUCCUAAAACGAUUGAUCUCAAGGGAAUCUUACAUAUACGUAACGAAAUUGCUGCAGGCAUAAGUGCUACUUCAUUUGAUAAUCUUCCAGGACCAACUCUCAGUACACAUACCUGUCAAUGGUGUAAUCAGGCAUUAUCAUGUUCCUUAUUGCAAAACUGCUCUGCAUCAACUGUAACCGAAAUCUUCUUUCAAGACCAAUUAAAGCAUCUUAAGCCAAGUCAUAUCGAUUACUUCAAACGGUUCAUUCGUUGGGUACUAAUGGAGUGGAGAUGUCUAACGGAGAGAAAUGCAACUGACAAGGAAAAUAUAUGCAGAAGGAAGAACUCGGUACCAUGUAUAAAGGUUACUCUUGAUUCCAUCAUCCAACGAGGAAAUAGAACUAUUAUUACUUUUCGAAGAGAGGGAGUAAUAGAUGAACAAUAUGAAUUGUUCAUGAAAGGAGAUAUGUUCUUAGUUCUUUCUGAGGAGAGUGAAGUAAUUGCUAUGGCUUCUCUAAUUUUCGUUAAAGAAAAUUUUAUCGACAUUACUGUAAAUGGCAAUAGCAAUUCAUUUGUCGUUGGGACAACUUAUUUUCUUGAGAGAUAUGAGACUUCUUUCAAAUAUACUCUUAAUCUCGGAAAUUUAGUUACGCUAAUGGUCGAUGACAAACAAAUGUCAAAAAUUAGAUCUCUUAUAAUUGAUAUGAGACCACCAGCGUUUUCAAAGAUGAAAAAAGAAAAUAUAAUUGGCAUAUCAGAAAUUGUGCGACAAUUAAAUUGUGAUCAAGCACGAGCAGUUGUUAAAUCUCUUAUGUCUAACGAUUACACGAUUAUUGAAGGAUUUCCUGGAUCUGGGAAAAAUGGACAGAUAAUUGCUGAAACUAAAUUUAAUUACAGGAAAACAAGCACGUUAGCAGUGCUAAUCCGUUGCCUUAUCCAUCUAGGCCGCACUGUCCUUAUUACGUCUUACACUCAUUCUGCAGUUGACAAUCUUCUCUCGAAACUUGUUGAGUAUGUUGAUGAAAAUAAGAUUCUACGUUUGGGACAACAAACUUCUAUGAAGAAAAGUGUACAGCAUCUGACUUUGGAGGCAAAGUUGUCUAAACACACGCAUACCGACAGGGUUUCACUAAUGCGGCAUAUCCUAAAAGAAACACCCAUCGUUGCAUGUACUUGUUUGAGAGUAGCAACUGAUUUGCUGUUUUCGUAUCGUCGUUUUUCAAUGACAGUUGUUGAUGAAGCAUCCUUGGUGUUGGAACCUACUGUCAUUCCUGCUAUUGCUGCUUCUGAUUCUUUUGUACUUGUUGGUGAUCAUCGACAGCUUACUCCGCUUGUUCGUUCCAAGCAAGCUAGGCAGGAAGGCAUGGCAAAAUCGUUAUUGGAACGAUUAACUGUCCAUCAAUCAGCUGUAAUUACGUUACAUUCGCAGUAUCGGAUGAACAGGCCAAUUGCUGAACUUAGCAACGUUCUUUUUUAUGAAGGUAAACUUCGUUGUGCGAAUAAUAUGGUAGCUGAAGCAAUUUUUACCAAUUUAGCCUCUGAUCCCAUCAGUGAUAGCAUUUACUCCAAGGCAUACAAGCUUUGUAUUUCGAAUUUACUAAACAAUGCAGUCGUGUUUGUGGAUACCCAGUCGUACAAGAAUCCAUCAUUUUGUGCAACUUUUGGCAAAUUUGGUGAGGUUGGUAACACUGGAGAAGCGGAAUUUAUUGGAGGCCUUUGCAAACUAUUUGUUAAGCUAGGUCUGCCGAAAAGUGAUCUUGGUAUUAUCUGCGUUUAUCGCUAUCAUGUUGAACAAUUGCGCCACAUAGUUCAAGCAGGAGUUGAAGUGAAUACUGUUGACCAAUAUCAAGGUAGAGAUAAGUCGGUUAUUGUGUUAAGUUUUGUGUGGGCUGGUGAAGCAGAAAAUCGAAAAAGUGAGUUGCUUGCCGAUUGCCGGCGAAUUAAUGUUGCUGUCACACGAGCUAAGCAUAAGUUGAUAUUGGUCGGAUGUCAGAAAUCGUUGUCAAGCUACCCAGCAGUGAAUGCAGUAAUUAACGCAAUCCCCAAGGAAUGCAUCACAAAACUACAUGAAUAAUCAUGCUGUUAUUACAUUAACUUACGCA